UACAAUUUUCCUCGCAUUGAUUUCAUAGCCCUAUCUUCUCUCUGUCUGCCUAUAAAUACUCUUGCUUCCGUGCCUCCUUUUUCUGAUACUGCAAAUUGAAAACCACUCGAAAAUGGCUGCCGAUGUUUCAUAUUUUCUCAGUCUGAGACAAGAAAGCAACUCCAAUUCAGAAAUUUUAAUCACCAAAGACUUGCUUGGAGGCCUUUCCAAGGUUUCCAACUCAGAAUCGGAUCUGGGUUCAAAGUAUGGAGAAGAACGGGCGAGAUGCAAGUCACCAAAUACGCCGUUAUCGUCAAUUUCUGCAUCAGAAAAUUCGGAUAACAGGAAGAAUUUGCCUCCGGAAACAAACCCAGAUGCAGAUUUCCAGGAUUUGAACUAUCCGCCGCCGCAACAACCGCCGCAGAUCAACCACUUUCUGGAAGAGACCUGCCUGGAUUUGAAGCUGCAAUCCUCGUCAAGCCAUUACCAAAGUGUUUGUACUCUGGACAAGGUCAAAUCCGCACUGCAAAGAGCCCAAAAACGGACCCUGGAGAAAAAACAAGCCUCUUAUUCUCCAGGGCCGCCCUCUGUCUCUUCAUCUUCGUCUUCAUCUUCAGGCCCUGGAAUGUUCGCAGCAGGCUGCCCUGGCUGCCUGCUUUAUGUAGUCACGUUAAAAGCAAAUCCCAAGUGCCCUCGUUGCAACACCACCGUGCCGUUUCAGGCGGCGAAGAAGGCUAAAAUUGAUCUGAACUCAUCCUUCUGAAGAAAAUUAUCUCAACUUCUUCAUGUACAGUGAAAUUAAACACAGUUUUCAAAGUGUAAAUUAGGUUCAGCAUUACCUGAAUUAUUAUUAUUAUAAUUAUUAUUUAUUUAUAGAAAGAUUAUAUUAUAUGCAUAGGCAUGAUUAUUGGGUUUGUCAGGUUUAAAUUUGCUGUAAUUUUGUUGAAUUUUAUUUUUAUUGCAUGAUUUAUGCUUUGGUUGGCAUAAUAUUUUUUUGAAAUUGGUUUUGCCAGCCAUGUGAUUUAGUUAUAGAAAUAUUAAUGAAGGGAAGCCGUUUCUUCUGCCCA